AUGUCGUCACAGCGGCCAGGCCCGAGCCGGAAUUCCCAAAGGCGCGAAAACGACGACGACUACCCGCCCUUACCACCGCAUCGCAGACUCUCCUUGCCGCCACCUCUUCCCUCGGAUCAUGCGACACACCCUCCACAAUCACGCCGACAUCCCUGGGAACCCGAGGCCCACACGUCCCAAGACCAGACCGAAUCAUAUCUCCACCUCAGGCGGCAUAUGGCAGAUAUAAACUUCCAGGCCGAAUACGACGAGCUAGUGGGAAACAGCUUGAGUGGCUUCACGGCUUUCAUGUCCGCUGCGCAUGAUGAUUUUGGUUUCUCUCGAGAUAGCAUCCAGAACCGGAGUCAGGAAUCCAAUAUACUCGACACACUACAGAACGAUCAGCGAGACGGCGGUAGUCGACGACAACCCCUCCAAUUGCCACCCGUCUUCGGUUACACGACCGUUCGAUCACUAAGUGGCCGUCAGCGACCCGACGGCACGGAAGACGACGUAGAGGCUGUCCGAGCCCUGUGGAAUCGCAGAGCUCAAUACAGCUCGUCGCCAUUUUCGCCACCCAGGAUGCCUCCCAACUUAUCGCCGCCCAACCUAUCCCCACUCCCUCCCUCAGAAGAGCCCCCUGAGGAGAACCGGAGAGUGAAGAGGAGGAAGCUGGACUCGGAGCGUGCUUCCCAGAGCUUCAGAGGAUUUCGGUAUGGGCGAUACGGGCAAGUUGAGCCCGGCCAGCUCAAGAUGGAAAUUCUAAGUUGUGACGGAGGACUAUACGAAAACGCCUCCCUGCAUGCCUAUGGAAACAUUCUGAAGGACGACAAGACUGUGUAUUGCACACAAUCAAACCGUUGCAACAUCAUUUUGCAGCAUCAGGGCGCAACGGUGUUUACAUUGAAGGAGCUCGUGAUCAAAGCGCCUUCAUCAAACUACUCGUCGCCUGUACGGGAGGGAAUGGUGUUUGUUUCCAUGAACCAAGACGAGACGCUUAAACGCACAGCGCAGUAUGAGAUACAAUACGCCCCAUCGAGGUCGGGUCGUCCAUCAGCGACAAGAGCGCUGGCCCCCAUCAUCUCGAUACGGCACCACGAGGAUGGUACAACCGUCACCAGAACACACACGCGGCAAAGGCGGCUAUACAGCUUAGGUCAUGACGACGAAGAGAACGUGCAAAGGACGGCGCAAAUUCCCACGGAGUUUUCCUCGCACCUACCGCCGUUCGACAUCACAACCGAGUGCAGUUAUGAGGAGACCGAUGACGAGGACACCCCGAGGAACCCCGUCAAUCGGCGAGCACCCAAUAGGAUUGGGUCCCUGCCGUUUGAGAGCGACAGCAGCGAUGAUGGCAACCCGUUUGCCUCAGACGAGUAUCGCUUCGAAGACUACUCCUUCGCGAACAGGCGUCGGGAUGCUGCCGACAUGUCGGCGGAGGUUGCCGAGGCGAACCAGACGUCAACGCAGGAGGCUGUGCGAGCUGUUGGCGGCGAGCUGAUGGCCCCUCAUGCCAAGUUCUUCAUCGAAAAGGACAAGAGCAAGUGUACCAUACGGUUUGAUCCCCCUGUUUCUGGGCGGUUUCUACUCCUGAAGAUGUGGAGUAGCAGCCGGGCAUCCGGCAGCAACAUUGACAUUCAAGCGGUACUCACCAAAGGAUUUGCGGGACCGAGGUAUUUUCCCGCGGUGGAGUUACGAUGA